UUUAAAUUACUCCCGCUGAUAAUGUUAUUGCAGUAAUUAAUUAACGGCAUUGGCUAGUUUUGGUCAGUGACAAUCAGCACUGACCUAUAGAACUCAACUAUCAGCUGAGUUUUAUUACGCAAUCAUACGACAGACCAACGGCCGUGAAGAGGGAAAGGAUUGAAAAACAAGUAGAUAUUUAAUCAAAUUUCUUAGGUUAUGUUUUGAAAAAAUUUUAUGGAGUUAUAAAUAAGGGAAAAAAUUAUUUUUUAAUGAUAUUUUGGGCUGUGAGUUUGGAGAAAGGUAACAAAAUUUUUAUAUAUAUGUUGUUUUAAAAGUGACAUUCGGAAACGAUGAGUGUGAAUGGAGCUGACAACUGUCAUUUUUUUUAUUUUUGAGUUAAUGAAUGAAUAAAAUAUUCAUACUCGAAUGAAUGUAGCAGACAACUGUCAAUUUUUUAAAUCUUCGAAUAAAUAAAUAAAAUUUGCUGAUCUGUUAUAAGAUUAAUUUUUGACCAAGUAUAUUUUUGGUAAAUGAUCAACAAAAAGAAACAAAGUCUGUACAUAAUAAUUAUAAUUAGUAAUGAAUAUAUAUAAUAAAAUUGUGAUAAAUAAAAAUGAUGUGAUAAGAAAAAACGUGUCGUGCUAAAAGUUUGAUACAUAUGAAUAUUUUAUUAUAUAUGUGUAUAUAAUAAUAUAUUUUUAUAUUUGCUAUAAAAAUGAAUGCAGUCAUAGCAAUGUGUACUUUUUGCGAAAUUCACGGCCCGAGAGUGAUAUUUACAACUCAAACAUUUCGUACUUUUGAAGAAAAAGAAUCAAAUAAAAAACUUAAAUUUUAUGGACCCAAAGAAGUGAUGGAGCAAAGUUACAAUUUUUCAAUGUCUGAUGAUGCUCGCGUUGAAUGUGACGGAUGCCGUAGUAUUGGAAAUGUUAAAUAUUUAAGUAACGAACAUGAAAGUAGAACAUCAUUUCUGUCAGCACGUCAACCGCUUACUGAAGAUAUCAAAAAUUUGCUGGGACAUGCGUGUAUAAGGAGUUUGAGCUGUGAGUUACAUUUUGGCAAAGACGGCAUCUGUUACUUCGGUGACGAAAGUCGAGGGCAUGUUUUGAGUCACGCGUUCACAUUAAAGGACACCCAGGCACGUGGAAUAAGACGGUCUUGUAGUUUGAUCGUAUUCAUGAAAGACAAGCAAUUUUUGCUCAACAUGUGGCCUUUUUUUGUUGAUAAUCUCAAGCAAAUAAUACGCGAGCUUCAGGAUUUCGCAGAGCGUAAAUACAAUACGGAUGAGGCUGAAAAUCCACAGCGUGCUGCUCGUUUAUCAUCAGCCAGUGAUGGAUCCAGUGAAAAUCGUAAUACAUCCAAAGUAAUACCGCGAAGUCUUUGUGAAAUAACCAAUGAAAAGCACGUAUUUGUCCGCAUCCACAUGUGGUUUGUUUGGAUACUGAGUGCUGGUGCAAGACAUCUAGUUGAAAUCUGUCCCAUUUCAAAUGAUCUACUUGAAUCUCCACUUACUUAUAAUUAUUUAGCACGUGAUCUACAAAGUAAAAUUGGACGUACCACCGAAGGUUCAACAUCUGCCUUCUUAAUUAGCUAUCAAGAUUUCAAAGAAAGUCCCGAGUUUACAGAAAUAUCGAAAAAAAAAUUAGCAACUUCUAUUCUCCGUAAUAUUAAAUCGUACAUUAGUAAAGAACAAUUUCGACAGUUACUGUACUCUAGUUUAACGGGGAUUCAAAUUCUUGUCAGAGGUCCUGCUGACAAAACACUUGAAGCUCUUUAUGCAUUAAGUUCACUGGUACCACGCGCUUGCCGAAGAAUAAAAAUAUAUAACAAUGAAUAUACUGAUAUAAAUGAUUGUAAUUUUUUAGGAAUCGAUUCAUCAGCAGCUGUACCAGUUUGUUGUUCGAAUGUCUGUAGACUAGAUAUUGUUUCUAAUGACCAUCGAUUGGCAUCUGAUACUAAGGCAUAUGUCGUAAAAUGGUCGGGAGUGUUACCAAACAAAUUACCGACCCUUGUUCUUAAAUUUGAAAAGUACUUAGAUAAUGAUAAACUCGAUGAUGUUGUUUUGAAAGCGCAAUUCAUGGCUUUGCAAGAAGAAUGGGCGAAUAUUGCUAAAAUAGUCCAUACGAUGCGUGGUAAUGGUCAUCGUAAUGAUCUUACUGGUUUGAUUGUUAGUUUAGGGGCUGGACUACAUGACUAUUCGUUAUUAGAUUCCUGGUCAAUGGGUUUACCUUCGAAUCCCGCUUAGUAAAUAAAAUAUCGGAUAGUGCAAUACCGCGUGACUUCAAAAAUAGCAAAAAUGAGAUUUGAUGUUUACAGUGUGUAGAUUUUUUUUGCAUAGUACAGAUUAUUAUUAAAAAUAAAAAAUUAUUUUUCAACUUUAAUUAAUAUUUUGAUGUACAUUUUUUAUUCAGUGAGGCUGUACUGCUUUUAUAGAAGUCAAAUUGUCAGCAAAUUUCGGUAAUUUAAAUUGUCAAAUUACUGUCAAUUGAAAGCGAAAGUGGCUAUUGGGGAUAAUAUUGAAGUAAAGUUAUUAAUUUUUUAGUUGUUAUUACAAAAUGCGCGAUGAUAUGAACAACUUGAUAAGUCACAGUAUCAAUAAAUUAUUUCUCUUAAUAAAUGUGAUAAUUUUAAGGGUAUUCAUUACCGUAUUACAAUUUCAUUAAUUAAAAACCAAUUAAAACUUUAAAUGAAAAAGGAAAAAUUUUCCCGAUAUAAAAUUUUUAAAAAAUUACUUAGUUAUCAAUUAGAAGAAACGAAAUUUUUUGAAUAAAUUUUAGCCCACAAAAUUUAAAAAUUCAAAUUAUAAAAUUGACAUGAACAUUUUACUGAAAUUUAUUCAACAAAUUUCGCUUAACUUCCAAUUGAUAUCAACUGUAACUAAUUUUUUAUGAUACUGAAAUUAGCCGACGUCUAAUAAUUUUUGGAUUUAAAAAAAAAGAUAAAUUAAGAAAAAAAAAAUAUUUAAAAAAAUUGCACUUGUAGGCUUUUAAAUUUUCUACAUGUGCAUAUUUUUAGUUUUUUUUUUCUUCAAAUUUAAUUGUUCAAAAAAAAAUCAAAAAAUUUUUAAUUGUCUGCUAACUUCAGGAUCGUAAUUUUUUUUAAAUCAAUUGAUAAAAUUUUGACAAUUGAGUCAUAAAAAAUUAUAAAAAGUGUCAGGCACUGUCUGAGAAUGGCCUAAAAAUCAUUAACUCAACCUAAAUAAUCAUCUUUAUCUAAAUACGAGCCUUUUUUAAAUAUUUAAAUUACAGUCGAACUCCAUUAACUCGGAACUGCCCCUGAAUCUUGACCCCUACUACGAGUUACGCUGUCCCCCUUCCCAUGUUAUACAUUUGUACAUCUGCAUAUAUUUAUCUAUGUAUCAUUCAUGUGGAUGUAAGAGCGCAUGCGUAUAGUUAACUUUUUAAAAAAGAAGGGGUAUCCGUUAACUAGGAAAUUUCAAGAACUUUCCGCCCUUCCGUAGACUAACUGUCCGAGUUAAUGGAGUUCGACUUUACUACACUUACAUGAACAAUUACAUAAUCUUUGGUUGGAGAUUUUCCAAUAUUUAGUUAUUUUUAUUCCCGUAAAAUUACGUUUUUAGUUAUGCGGUUUUGACAACGGAAGUUACGCGGUAUUGCAGAAUCACCGACGAUGUAUUAUUUCCAUUAAUUACAUACGGUUGUGUAUUAAUUAUUUCUGAUAUUAAUAAACUAUUUAUUUAAUGUAUAAUAAAAGUACUUAUAUGUUUUAUUAUAUUUUUAUUUAUUACAUUACUUAAGAAUUUAUACCCGCAAACAAUUAAAAAAAAUUUGUGCACUGGAAAAUGGAAUUUAAUGACAGACUAUCAAAGUCCGUAUUAUAAAUAAAUAAUCAAUACUUAAUAUUCUUAAUAACACAAAAAAUUUAUCUAACCCGAUGUAAUCAAGACAAAAAAACUAGCUAAUAAUUACUCAUAUCUUAUUCCGAUUUGAAUGAAUCUCGUAUUACGUCUGAUGUUACUUUAGCAGCUGUAAUUAAUUAUAAUUAUUUAAUUAUUUAUUUAUUAUUAAAUAUUAUAAUUUAUUAUAAAAAUAUCAUUAUUAUUUACCAGCAUCACGAGCUUUUGAUACGAGACUAUCAACUUCCGGUUGAUACUUAAUGAAUUUUGGUCUGAUAAAACGAUGGUAAAGAACGAUGGAUCCGUUGUAUUCCAGUGGAACCAUCAACCAAAUGUAGAAAAUACACUAAAAAUAAAAUUUUAAAUUUUUGAAUUCAAAUUUGAAAAAAUAUAUAUACUCUGGUAGCCACACUUUCUUUUCAAAAACUUUCUCUUCAAUGUUUUCGGUCAAGUUCUGAUAUUUAAAGUUUUUUCUAAUAUGAGAACAAUAUGAACUAUAAGUUGACAUAAAUUUACAGCCAUUAUAGGACUGCGUUGAUUCAAAAAAUUGUCUUUAAGUCGCAGAAAAAAAACUUUAAGAGCAAAUGAACUGACAAUUAGAUGCUAAUUAACAAUUUUCGGUUUUUUUUUUUUCAAAAAAAAUAUGCGCAUGUAGAAAAUUUAAAAAGUUACAGGUGCAAUUUUUAAAUAAAAUUUUUUUUUAUAAUUUAUCGCUUUUAAAAAAAUUCAAAAAUUAUUAGACGUCUGCUAUCAGUAUCAUUAAGAGCAAAAGUUAAUUUUAAUGACAGAAAGUUGCGAUAAAAAACUAGAAUGAGCAAAAUUUAUUACAAGUAACCGUCAAUUAUUUGCACCAUCAAGUUUUUGUAGUCAACUUGACAUUUAUUUCAGUCGUAGAAUUCCAUUUUGGGAUAAAAAUUAUGAGUGUAAAUGUAGCAGACAAAUUUUUUAAUUACAAAUAAAAAAAUGUAAAUAAUUAAAAUUUGAAAAAAUGCACGUACUGAAUUUUGAAUUUUCUAAACAUGCAUUUUUUUAUUUUUAAUUUAUAACCAUUUUUAAUUAUUAUUUAAAAGUUUAAAAAAUUGUCAAAUGUCCGGUAAUUUUACUAUAAUUCAAAAAUGGCUAUCAGAGUAUUCGUAUAAAUGUUAAUUAAAUCCUGAUAGAGACCUUGAAAAGCCAAUAAACCGGGAACCAGCAGACAAUAUACUCGGAAAAAAAUUCAAUGAUAGUAAAGACAGCGAAAACAACCCAGUAAGUCAACCAUUUAGUGUCAUCUUCUUUGCUUCGUGACUCAAGUGCUUUCAUAGAACAAUAUGCAGGAUAAACAAACCCAAUUAUAUUACAAACAAGCUGCUGUCCGACUCCAAUAACGAGAUACAGAGCUAGGAAGCCUACGAAACCU